AUGAAUCGAUUUAGUUGCGUAUUAUUGUUAGCGCUGACUUUGGCAGUGAGUUGCACAGGCCAUCAAUCUGCUGUGGAGCUUGUAGAGGAUAUUUAUAGGACGUGUUUGAGUGAAUUCAGUCUAUCUUGCGCCAAAUCGAAAACUUUGGGAUGGUUUAAAGAAACUUCGAAUAAAAGAAUUAUCAGGAUUACCGACGAUCUUGAUAUCAGGAAGAGUUUUGAUAUCGAAAAUGAGGUGGAAAGAGGAAAUCAAAGAGAUGUAUUAGAUAGAUUUGAAGAUUUCUUGCAAUCGCACGAAAUAGUCGCAAAGUUGCCUGGUUUACUUAGACCCGAUGGACCUUUUGGCCAAUUUAUUCCUAGAUCCUUCGAAGCCAGAGAUAUAUCCCUACCGUUAGCUCCCAGAGGUCACGCUUCGAAACUUAUUAAACGUGUAAUAUUUCCGUUUCUUCUGGGACUCAAAUUCAAAACAGCUGUAAUAGUCCCUCUAGCACUUGCUCUCAUAGCUUUGAAAACAUGGAAAGCUCUGACGUUAGGUUUAUUGUCACUGGUGCUCACUGGUGCUAUCACUAUAUUUUCCAAAUUGCUGGGACCUAAAGCUCCUGCUUAUGAAGUUCUUCAUUACCAACCUCACGUAGCUUACCCUCAUGUUGACGUGUUACCGGCUCAAAUAGCUCCAACAAUUGCCCAUCCUGUCCUAGCGAACCUCUCUGCAGGUGAGGUUCUGCAGGAUGUGUAUUACACCUGCGUGCAGGAGUUCGAUUUAAGCUGCGUUAAACCGAAAGCCCUGCAUUGGCUGAGCGACGUCGCCGAGGACGAGGAAAUAAGAAUCACGGAGAAUUUGAUGAUAGUGAAAAGGGAUAACCCACAGAGCGAAAAGGAACGCGGAUUUUCUAAUGAUGUUUUCGAAAAAUUCGAAGAUUUUCUUCAGACCCACGAUUUGGUGUUGACAGCUCCCGAAUUUAUUCCAAGAUCGCUUGGAACUGGCCCGAUUAAAGUACCUUUGGCUGAGACAGGCAAAUAUUCUGUAGGUCGUUCAUCAAAGGUUGUCAAAAAGGUUAUCCUGCCUUUCCUCUUAGGGCUCAAAUUCAAAGCGGCUGUCUUGGUACCUUUAGCCUUAGCGCUCAUAGCUCUUAAAACUUGGAAAGCUCUUACAUUAGGAUUGCUAUCGCUAGUUUUAACAGGAGCUCUUCUUAUUUUUAAAUUUACAAAACCAAAGGUUGUUAACUACGAAGUAAUCCAUGUUCCUCCUCAUGUUGAGCACGUGGAACACCUUGAUCACCCUCCUACGGCUUCUGGAUGGGAACAUCCUGGAUACGGAAGGCAGUUAACUGGAAACGAGAUGGCCUACAAUGCAUAUCUUUAA